UGAAGCUCCUGCAGAGGCAGACCUACACGUGCCUGUCGCACCGCUACGGGCCCUGCCUCUGCCUCGGCGGCGUCGUGCUCAUGAUCGUCUCCGCCCUGCAGUUUGGGGAGGUUGUUCUGGAGUGGAGUCGAGACCAGUAUCAUGUUUUGUUUGAUUCUUACAGGGACAACAUUGCUGGAAAAUCAUUUCAGAAUCGGCUGUGUUUGCCCAUGCCGAUUGAUGUGGUAUACACCUGGGUGAAUGGCACAGAUAUCGAGCUGAUCAAAGAAUUGCAACAAGUCAGGGAACAGAUGGAAGAAGAACAAAAAAUAAUGAGAGAAAUCCUUGGAAAGAAUGCAACGGAACCAACUAAAAAAAGUGAGAAGCACCUGGAGUGUUUACUGACGCGUUGCAUUAAAGUGCCGAUGCUUGUGCUGGACCCUGCUCUGCCUGCCAUCAUCACUCUAAAAGACCUUGCAUCUGUCCAUCCUAAUUUACAAGCUGCUAACUCUCUAUUCUUUGUAGCAAAACCAAAAAAUCCUUCUACCAAUGUGACAGUAAUUGUUUUUGACACUCCUAAGGAAGCUGAAGAUGCUCAUUCAGGAAUGUUAAAAGAAAGCAGUAAACAGACAGUAUGGAGGGGUUAUUUGACUACAGACAAAGAAGUUCCUGGGUUAGUGUUGAUGCAAGACUUGGCCUUUGUUAGUGGAUUUCCAGCAACAUUCAAAGAGACAAGUCAGCUAAGGACAAAACUGCCAGAGAACCUUGCCUCUAAAGUAAAACUGUUGCAGCUUUAUUCAGAAGCCAGCGUAGCCCUCCUGCAACUGAAUAACCCUAAGGGUUUCCAGGAACUGAGCAAGCAAGCUAAGAAGAACAUGACUAUAGAUGGAAAAGAACUGGCACUCAAUCCUGCUUAUUUACUGUGGGAUCUAAGCACCAUUAGUCAGUCUAAACAGGAUGAAGACAUUUCAGCUAGCCGUUUUGAAGAUAAUGAAGAGCUGAGAUAUUCUUUACGAUCAAUAGAGAGGCAUGCCCCGUGGGUUCGACAUAUUUUCAUUGUCACUAAUGGACAGAUUCCAUCCUGGCUUAACCUGGAUAACCCUCGUAUAACUAUAGUAACACAUCAGGAAAUAUUUCAAAAUUUGAGUCACCUGCCUACCUUUAGCUCCCCAGCUAUCGAAAGUCACAUUCAUCACAUUGCUAGCCUGUCCCAGAAGUUCAUUUAUCUAAAUGAUGAUGUUAUGUUUGGGAAAGAUGUAUGGCCUGAUGAUUUUUACAGUCACUCCAAGGGUCAAAAGGUUUACUUGACUUGGCCUGUUCCAAACUGUGCUGAGGGAUGUCCUGGCUCAUGGAUUAAAGAUGGUUACUGUGAUAAAGCCUGUAAUAAUUCAGCUUGUGAUUGGGAUGGAGGCGAUUGCAUUGGUAACAGUGGAAGUAGCCGUUAUGUUGCUGGCGGUGGUGGAGUUGGAGGAGCAGGGAAUGGUCCACCCUGGCAAUUUGGCGCAGGAAUAAGUGGAGUUUCAUACUGCAAUCAAGGCUGUGCUAAUUCCUGGCUAGCUGAUAAAUUUUGUGACCAGGCAUGCAAUGUUCUUUUUUGUGGAUUUGAUGCUGGUGACUGCGGGCAAGAUCACUUUGAUGAGUUGUACAAGGUGACUCUCCAACUUAAUCAGACUACUUAUGUUAUUCCGAAAGGUGAAUACCUGCCCUAUUUCAGCUUUGUUGAAAUAGCCAAGAAAGGAAUUGAGGGUGCAUAUAGUGAUAAUCCAGUUAUACGUCAUGCUUCUGUUGCCAACAAAUGGAAAACUAUCCACCUGAUAAUGCAUAGUGGAAUGAAUGCAACUGUGAUCUAUUUUAAUCUUACAUUUCUAAAUAAAAAUGAUGAAGAGUUUAAAAUGCAGAUAGCUGUUGAGGUUGAUACUAGAGAGGAACCAAAAUUAAACACAACUACCUCACAGAAAUCUGACACUUACCUGAAAACUACAACUUCAAUACCUGAAGCUGAAAUGAUUUUUGAGGAUAUUCCUGAAGAAAAACGCUUUCCAAGAAUCAAGAAACAUCCAAAUGGCACAUCAGAGGGUUUUCAUCAAAACAUGGUAAUACCUCUAGUAAAUGUGUCUUUCCUCCCUGAAGAUAUUCAGCUGGCUUUGCAAGACCUGGAUUUAAAGCUAGAAAAUGGUGACCUCACUCAGAAAGGAUACAAUCUGUCAAAGGCUGCCCUUUUGAGAUCUUUUCAAAUGUUACCUACUGUUAAAAAAGAUGUAAUAACAGAAAUUCAAAAGCUGGAAAUAAAGGACAAUGGUGCUGGUUUAAAAGACCAAAAAAACCUUACUAAUCAGCAAAAACCUGGUAACGAUUUAAAUGGAGGCAAAAAAGAAGUUACAAUUAAAAUGCAUGAUGUAGUUCCUUCAGAAUUGAUGCCUACAAAGAGUACUUUUGUGCCACUGAACAUAAAUGGUCAGUUUCAGUUAAAAUCCAUUUCUAAAACAAAGCUUGACUCAAUGCCUUUAACCCAAAAUGUGGGAAAUAAACCUGGAUCUCGAGAAAAAAUACUGAAUGCACUCAUACUAAAGGAAACUUAUAAGUCAAAAGAUACUGGGAAUGUGGAGGCUGCUGAAAAGCCUGAUGGAAUGGAAAUAAACCCAGGUCAUGACCAAAUAGAUACAAAAGGCAAAGCUUUUCCAGGAAGAAAACUACAGUAUUAUGCUGGAAGUGAUCGAGGCUUUUUGCCAUGGGAAAAAAGAAAGUAUUUCCAAGAUCUUCUUGAUGAAGAAGAGGCAUUACUUAAACAGAUGUCCUACCUUACUGAUGGUAAACAAACUGGGAGGCAUCUGAAAGAUACGUUUGCCGAUUCUCUUCGAUAUGUAAAUAAACUUCUAAACAGUAAAUUUGGAUUUACAUCCCGAAAAGUCCCUGCUCAUAUGCCUCACAUGAUUGACCGCACUGUUAUGCAAGAGCUACAGGACAUGUUUCCUGAGGAAUUUGACAAGACAUCAUUUCACAAAGUGCGGCACUCGGAAGAUAUGCAGUUUGCUUUUUCAUAUUUCUAUUAUCUCAUGAGUGCAGUUCAGCCACUGAAUGUUUCUCAGAUUUUUGAUGAAGUUGAUACAGAUCAGUCAGGCAUUUUGUCUGACAGGGAGAUUCGUACAUUGGCCACACGAAUCCAUGAACUGCCCUUGAGUUUGCAGGAUUUGACGAGUCUGGAGCAAAUGCUGAUAAAUUGCUCUAAAUCACUUCCUGCUAAUAUAACUCAGAUUAAUGUCAUUCCACCAACACAGGAAGCUUAUUAUGAUCCCAAUCUGCCUCCAGUGACCAAAAACCUAGUGACUAAUUGUAAGCCUGUGACUGACCGAAUUCGUAAGGCAUACAAGGAUAAAAACAAAUAUAGGUUUGAAAUAAUGGGAGAAGAAGAAAUUGCCUUCAAGAUGAUCCGCACCAAUGUUUCUCAUGUAGUUGGUCAGCUAGAUGAUAUAAGGAAAAACCCCAGAAAAUUUGUUUGCCUAAAUGACAAUAUUGAUCACAGUCAUAAGGAUGCUCAGACAGUGAAAGCUGUACUUAGAGAUUUUUAUGAAUCCAUGUUUCCCAUUCCAUCCCAAUUUGAGCUGCCAAGAGAGUAUCGGAACCGUUUCCUUCAUAUGCAUGAACUUCAGGAAUGGAGGGCUUACAGAGACAAGCUAAAAUUUUGGACCCACUGUGUUCUAGUAACAUUGAUAGUGUUUACAGUCAUCUCAUUUUUUGCUGAACAGCUAAUUGCACUUAAACGAAAGAUUUUUCCGAGGAGGAGAAUCCAAAAAGAAGUUGGUCAUGAACGAAUCAAGGGGAAGAGAAACACUCUGAUGAUGGCACCUUCAGGAAGAAAACAUCCUGGGAAAUCUGGUAAACCAGUUCAGGAAGAUCAAGCUAUAUGUACCUAUGACUUCCAGGAAGAAAAGAAAGAUCUGAGUGGAUCAGAGGAAGAUAGGGAAGGCGAGACUCCAGUAAUAGAUAAACAUGGGAAAAAAAGACCUUCAGUGAUGCCUCACAAUGUGACUGAAGAUGAUGUGGGGGGUGAAGUACAGAAUAUGUUGGAACGGUUUGGAGCUGAUAUUAACAAGGCUCUCCAGGCUAAAAAGAAGAGACUAGAAAUGUAUACUAAGGCUUCUCUCAAAACCAGCAACCAGAAAAUUGAACAUGUUUGGAAAACACAGCAGGAACAAAGACAGAAGCUGAACCAUGAGUAUUCUCAGCAGUUCCUGACCUUAUUUCAGCAAUGGGAUGUGGAUAUGCAGAAAGGAGAGGAACAGGAAGAAAAACUAGCGAAUAUGUUCCGUCAGCAACAAAAGGUUUUCCAACAGGCGAGAAUAGUUCAGAGUCAGAGACUGAAAACAAUUAAACAGCUGUAUGAUCAGUUCUUAAAGAGCAUGGAAGAUAUGGAAAAGAAUAAUGAAAAUCUUCUAGCUGGUGCACAAAGUGAACUUCGCAAGGAAAUGGCUAUGUUGCAAAAGAAAAUUAUGAUGGACACUCAACAACAAGAGAUGGCAACUGUUCGGAAGUCUCUUCAGUCCAUGUUAUUCUGAUGGUUCAUUGAACAACUUGUACCUAAGUAACAUGAUAUAAUUAUAACAGUUAGCUUUAGCUAUAGAAAAAUAAGCCUACUGCUUUAAAAUUCUGUUUCCUAAAUGUUCAUAUUAAUCAAACCAUGGCAUGAAUUGUUUCAAGUACUUCCUGUUCAAUAACUGCUAGUGAAAUUGAUAAAGCUAAGCCUAUCAGACUAUAAAAGUGAAUUCUUCACUCUAAUUUCCUUUUUCAAGUUUACUUGAAUUGUCCUUAGUUUUUUAAUUUAGCAUUUGAAGUGGACUGUCCAAAAGGUGAUGUUAUAACACAUGAUAUGUGAUUCUUAAUCUGAACUGUAAGUAGGCGGCAUUAAUGCUAAAUGGAACAAAAUUCCACCAACACAUAGCUAGGACCCUACUGAAUUCACGGCAGAAGUAGGCUGCACUGCAGCUCCUUUAAUCUUGCAAGUCAAUACUGACUGGCGGUGAAGUAAAAGCCACCAUUUUAAAUAUGGCACCAUUUUUACCUCCCUGCUGCCAAUUCGCCAAGGGGCCCCAGGUGGCCCCGCUGCUUGAUGCUGACUAGCAGGGAAGCAAAAACAGCACCUUGUUUAAAACCAAGUUUUGCUUCCCCACCAAAUUGAGAGCAAGCCACAAGUGGGGCCCCUCCACCAAUCAGCAGCUGGGGGGAGGGGCACAACAGAGAAACCUGCUGAAUUAAAGGAGCCUCAGCAUAGCCCACUUCCACCAUGAAUUCAGUAGGGCCCUACAUAUAGCACCACAAGAUUAAAGGUGCACCCUGGAAAUCUGCUGUUAAGCAAAAUGU